AUGGUUUCACAAGAAACAGCGAUGCUUUUAUACCAUGAGGGGCGAAAAUGGUUCACGAUAGGUUCCGUGCUCACAGCGCCGGUCCUCCUGGUUAUAAACGCGCCAUUCGGGCGAUUUAGCCCACAAGACCAGUCGAGCAAGCUUCUACUUGACGGUAUCAAAUCCUGGAUCGUCAUGGAGCUCGUUUCACCCGUCAUGUUCACCUACACUUUCCUUACAUCCCCGCUCUCCGCGACACCACCUCCUGUAUCGUCCCUAAGCACCCCUCAAGUUGUGCUAGCGGCAUGCUUCUUGAUUCACUAUGCCAACCGAGCUCUUCUAUCUCCCUUGCGCACUCCUUCGCGCUCCAAAUCCCACUUCGCUGUCCCUGCAAGCGGGACAAUCUUCAACGUCUUCAACGGCUCCAUCAUGGGCGCGUAUCUCUCCUCACCAGCCGCAGGCACGUACCUCGCCACUGUCAGGCCGAUAUUCUAUAUCGGGCUCGCGUUAUGGGCGGUCGGCUUCGUGGGGAACGUCUACCACGACGAGAUCCUACUCAACAUCAGGAGAAAGGCGAAGAGCAAGGCGAAGGCUCCAAGUGGGAAAACUCAGGGAGAGCACUAUUCCAUCCCGUACGGCGGCUUGUACUCCAUCAUUUCCUACCCCAACUACUUCUGCGAAUGGAUCGAGUGGUUUGGGUUCGCACUCGCUGCGAGCCCUCUCCCGUUCACCCUGUCCGAGAUCGCCGACAUCUCCAUCCCAUCCGUCUUUUCAUCGUUGUUCAACCCACAAACAUACUCUCACAUCAUCGCUGCACCUGGCAGCCAGUUCUUCCCCACCCUAUCACCACCUUGGAUAUUCCUGGCCAACGAGAUUGUGCUGAUGCUCCCCAGGGCGUAUCGUGGCCACCAGUGGUACCAGAACAAGUUUGGAGAUGCAUACCCGAAGAACAGGAAGGCGGUCGUUCCGUUCGUAUUUUGA